AGGCCUGACUUUUCCUUCUCUUAUGUGGUUUCCAGGCCUUGCUGGAGCACGGAUCGUCAGUUCUUAAUGUGAUUUAAGGGGAUCCCUGAAAGAGACUUGCAGGUUUAAAAUCACAAUCAGAUUGUAGGAUGCUCACCACUUUCCUCCCUCUUCUUCCCUCCCUUCUCUUCUCCCUGCUGCAGCUGCAGGCACAGGGGCUAGCCGCACAAGUGCUACGCCACGACCACAGCAACAGCAGCAGGAAGCAGAGGGGUCUCGAAUUCCCAUGGCCACCAAGGUUCUUGACAGGCUCACGGUGGCGGCAUCGCCUCCCGCGCUUGGCGGCGUGCUCCCGCUGACCUUCUUCGACGUGCCCUGGCUCUUCACCGGCCCCGUGGAGCGCGUCUUCUUCUACCCCUACCCCCACCCGGUCGAGCAAUUCACCGCCCACCUCCUGCCUUCCCUCGUCUUCUCCCUCUCCGCCGCGUUGCACAGCUUCUACCCGCUGCUUGGCCGCGUCCGGCCGUGCCCGGACGGGGGCGGCGGGUAUGAGUUUUGCUCCUCGGGUGGGGAUGCGGGCGGCGUCGAGCUCACCGUGGCCGAGAGCGAUGAUGACUUCGAGGAGCUCUCCGGCGGCGGCCCGAGGGAUGUUGCCCGGCUGUACGCGUUGUUGCCGCAGCUCCCGCGGACGGAGGACGGGACCUUCUCUCUCGCGGCGGCGCAGGUCACGGUGUUCGCCGGCCGCGGGCUCGCCGUCGGCGUGUCCAUCCACCAUGUGGCUUGUGACGAUUCCAGCUACAUGAACUUCGUGAAGACCUGGGCCGGCCAGUGCCGGGUGGCCGCCGGCGAGGACGCCGCCGCGGUGCCACCGCCACCGUUCUUGGACCGUGGCGUGGUCGCGGAUCCCGAGGGCCUUGCCGGCAGGACGCUCGAUGAAAUGCGUCAAUUGGCGUCCAAUGGCCCGCCUCCUCCACCGCCGCCAGGGCCGCCGCCGAAGCUGGUCAUCGCAUCGUUCGCGCUCACCCACGACUGCAUUGAUGGGCUCAAGCAGCGUGUGGUCGCCAAGGGCGCGGCGAGUGAGAACGGCUGUGGGCGCGUCCACUGCUCGGCGUUCACGGUGGCGUGCGCGUUCGCGUGGGCCUGCCUGGCGAGAGUCGACGGCAGCUGCACCGGCAAGAAGCGCGCGCACCUGCUGUUCUCAGUGGAAUGCCGUCGCCGCCUUGCGCCGCCGAUCCCCCAGGAGUACCUCGGCAACUGCCUCCGGCCGUGCUUCGUGGAGGUCGACAUGGGCCUGCUUGGCGCCGACGGCGUCCUGACGGCGGCUGCGGCGAUAGGCGCGUCCAUCAAAGGUCUCGACGACGGCGUGCUCGACGGCGCCGACGGGUGGUUACACAAGAUCCUGUCGCUUGUCCCUGAGCGGCCAAUGUCGGUGGGUGGCUCGCCGAGGUACGGCGUGUACGACACCGACUUCGGCCUGGGCCGUCCGAGCAAGGUGGAGCUGGUGUCCAUCGACAAGACGCCGGGCACGGUGUCGCUGGCGGAGGGCCGUGACGCGCAGGCCGGGAUCGAGAUCGGCGUGGUGCUGCCGGAGGCCGAGAUGGUGCAAUUCAGCUCGUGCUUCUCGGAUGGAUUGAAGCAGCAGUGACGCUCAGUUCGUUCAGUUGUGGUGUCGCGCUGUAAGAGCUGCUUGCAAAUUGCCACUGUCAGUGACGUAAAUCGUUGCGUUGAUUAAGUAGUAGUAGUAAUAUAGAGAUGACCGGGAGUGUAUAUUUGAGAGAUGGAUACAUACAUAUAUUAAUUUUGGUAA